UGGGCCAGUGGCGAUGUAGCGGUGGCCGCACCGGGGCACGGGAGAGGCAGGGAGCGGACGGGCCCCGGCAGCAGCCCCCAGGGGCAGGUGAAAGAGCGCAGCAGUCCCUGGAGCGUGGGUGUGAGCCAGGCAGUCUCUCAAUGCCAGCAUCCCUGCCAGCACUAGCUAGGCUCACCAAGUAACCCUAUCUGGGAACUUCCUGUUCCUUUAGUUAAGAGUCAUCCUUGCCACGUGUUGCAAGGUGAGAGAUUCCCUUACACAGGAGGACGCAGAGACUCACUGCUGCAGUUGGAGCUUGCUGGUGACCCAGCUGUUCUGCAGAGAGCAGAGAAAAGAGGCUACAAGGCAUGAAAGGGCCAAUGCUGUCAGCUGCCAGACACCAACCAAGACUCCUCUGCACCGUCUCCCCAUGAAAGCGAGGUGCCUGGGAAGAAGAAAGCAGAUCUGUAGCUCCGAAGAAGAGAGUUCAUUCAGGCGGUGCUUUAUUUUUAAACUCUGAUCCUCCCAGUUCCUUGCCUGGCUAAGUAAUUAAACUGGAAUGACCCAAGGAGCUGAAAUCAAGGGAACUUUAUACUUUUAAAAGGAGAGAACCCCAAAUUCCACUCCCUUUGAACUGUUUUAUUCUAAAAUCCUGCUUUAUAACAUCCAGGUUUGAAAGACUGUUUGACUCUGUUUUAUGUUUCCCCCAUUUCCUCUUAAAAGCAGCUGAGCACGAGUCCAGCUGCUGGAGCCAGGGCUUGGUGGGGGAACGCUGCGUGUUGGAAGAAUAUGCCCUAAGGUGUCAAGAACCAAAGAAUAGAAUCUGGGAGACUGCGUGUGCUUCUACGGCUCCUUCUUCUGGGAACAGGGGAACUAGAGUCAAGGGGUUGUAUCUGGAAACUCCUCCUGCUUCUCUGCCAUCUUGCUGGUUGGUGUCUCCCAUUUCUGGAUUGUGCUUGAUGGGGAUCUCUGCUAGGGGAUCAGCCUCUGCAGUCGAGGGCAGGCGCACAAGGACAAAGGACGUGGCAUCUAGAUGCAGGAAGGGGCGUUGGCUUAAGCCCCGGGCAGAAGGUCUUUUCUGGGACAGCUGCCUGCUGUAGGCCCCCAGAUUGCAGGUUGAAGGACGUCCACCCUUCAGCAUGUCCUCCAAGCUCGAGCAGAAGGAGGCUCACCAGACCAAUGGGGUGGUGCUGCCAAUCGUGGCUGUGCCCGUGGACUGCCUGGCCAGUCCGGACCAGCAGCAGCUCAUGGAGCCCUCGGAGUUCUUGGAGCCUGACAGGGAAGGGGUGGAGGUGGUGGUGCUGGACUCCCAGGCCAACGCCAAAGGGGUGCGAGAAGAGGACGCCCUGUUGGAGAACGGCAGCCAGAGCAAUGAGAGCGACGACACCAGUACGGAUCAGGGCCCUGAGCCUGCCUCCCCUCUCAAGGAGACCUCCUUCUCCAUCGGGCUGCAGGUCCUCUUCCCUUUCCUGCUGGCCGGGUUUGGGACAGUAGCUGCUGGCAUGGUGCUGGACAUCGUACAGCACUGGGACGUGUUCAAAAAUGUGACUGAAGUAUUUAUCCUGGUUCCUGCAUUGCUGGGACUGAAGGGGAACCUAGAGAUGACGCUAGCAUCUCGUCUUUCUACAGCUGCUAACAUCGGGCACAUAGACGCACCCAAGGAGCUCUGGAGGAUGAUAAUGGGGAACAUGGCUCUGAUUCAGGUUCAAGCUACAGUGGUCGGUUUCCUGGCUUCGAUUGCUGCCGUGAUAUUUGGCUGGAUCCCAGAUGGGCACUUCAGCAUUGGCCAUGCCAUCCUGCUCUGUGCCAGUAGCGUCGCUACAGCCUUCAUAGCUUCACUCGUGCUGGGAAUGGUCAUGAUUGGAGUCAUCAUUGGAUCCAGAAAGAUAGGGAUCAACCCGGAUAACGUGGCCACGCCCAUUGCUGCCAGCCUGGGAGACCUCAUCACCUUGGCGCUGCUUUCAGGGAUCAGCUGGGGCCUCUACAUAGAGCUGGAGGACAAAGCAUACGUGAAUCCUUUGGUGUGUGCCUUCUUCAUAGCCCUGCUACCGCUCUGGAUCAUCAUUGCCAAAAGGAAUCCAGUAACCCGGGAGGUGCUGUACUCUGGGUGGGAGCCAGUCAUCAUUGCCAUGGCCAUUAGCAGUGUUGGAGGGUUAAUAUUGGACAAAACUGUGUCGGAUCCAAACUUUGCAGGGAUAGCCGUCUUCACGCCAGUGAUUAAUGGUGUCGGUGGCAACCUGGUAGCUGUCCAGGCCAGUCGCAUCUCCACUUACCUCCACAUGAACGGAAUUCCUGGCGAGAGCUCAGAGAUGGCCCCGCACAAGUGCCCCACCCCCUGCAGUACAUUCUUCAGCUCAGAUGUGAAUUCCCGCUCUGCCCGCGUGCUCUUUCUCCUGGUGGUUCCUGGGCACUUGGUUUUCCUCUACACCAUCAGCUCUAUGCAAGGCGGGCACACCACGCUCACCCUGAUCUUUGUAGUCUUCUACAUGACAGCUGCACUUCUCCAGGUUCUCAUUCUACUCUACAUUGCCAACUGGAUGGUGCAUUGGAUGUGGGGUAGGGGUCUGGAUCCUGACAACUUUUCUAUCCCUUACUUGACGGCACUGGGUGACCUGCUUGGGACGGGUCUCUUGGCUCUCAGUUUCCACGUUCUUUGGCUCAUCGGUGACCGGGACACAGACGUGGGAGACUAGCUCCCCCCAUCAUCCCCCUCUUUCCUCCUUCCCGUCCUUCUGUCUCUCUUGGGACUUCAGCUUUGAUCCUGGAUUCUCAUUAUUUUCAAUGGGAAUUUUAUGUGCUUUAUAUUUCAAGCCCAGUUUGUACAGAAAAAUCUAGUUUUAGGAAGGACAAAAAAAAAGUGUAAGAGACGAUCACCAAGUGCAAUUUUAUAGCAGGAGCAUCUGAACCAAGGUUCUAUUGGAAAUGUUGUUUGAGUAGUUGGAUCAUAAAGGAAACCCGCACCCCUCACUAGAGGUGAAGGGUCACUCCUUUUGGUUCUUAAGCAUUCAACGUUCAAGGUAUGAUUCAGGCACCUCCCAGGAGGGAACAGCCUAUAAACUAGGAUCCCCAGAUCCUCCCUCAAAGCCCCACUUUAUGCCUGGAUUCUAAAUCAAAGAAGAUUCUCAUUAGAGAACUAGCUUGAGUGUGCCAGAAAGAUCCCCUUUAGACAUCCACUCCCACCCCCAGAUGCUUAUAAGGAACGCUCACCCGGUUUAUUUGAGGCUUUAAAACAUAACCCUAAAGUUGCUGGAUUUUUAAUUGUAUGUAGGGCUUUAGUUUUCCCCUUUAAAAAAAAAAGAAAGAAAAAAAAAAAGUCUGAAAUGCAUUCCUCAUUCCAGAACACACACCCUGCACUCCUGUAGUGGCUCUUAUUUUCUGCUACUGGGUCAACUUCUGUGUCUCUCCCACAAGCUCCUUAAAACAAUGCUGUUUUUCUCCUUUUUGGCUUUUCCCAGAGAGCUGGGUAUUACGUUCAACAAGUAUGAAGUGAUACUCGAUGUGUUGUGUAGAUUUUGACCUUCUUCGCCCUAAGUGAGGCUCAGUUUCAGGGGAUGAUGGUUGCUGCUCAAUAUAUUGUCACUCUACCACAGCCACGUAAGUAUGGCCGUCUUGACUCUCUUGGGAGGGAGUGGUUUGCUUGGAAGACCACCCCACCUUGCCCUUACCUUGGGCCAAGCAAGACCGCAACAGCCCUGCUAACUGUAUCUGUCAUGACCAGCAAUAGACCCAUGCUGCAAAAUUCCAGUCUGGAACUGGCUCGGAGCUUUCAUAGAAAAAAAAAA